CAGGCCGCAGUACCUGGCCGGAAGGCUUGGGACUGGGGGCUUCGGUACUAGCGGGAAUGGCGGCGACAGCGGCGAGUCGUGGAGUCGCGGCGAAGCUGGGUCUGCGUGAGAUUCGCAUCCACUUAUGCCAGCGCUCGGCCGCCAGCCAGGGUGUCAGGUGAGGAGCGGCGUGGGGAGGCGGGCGGUUUCGGGACGCAGAGGUCACGACCUCGAGCUCCCAGGUGCGUGGGUAAACCUGUGUCCACAGUACGCGCGGCGCUCUCCCCGGCCCCGCAGGGACUUCAUUGAGAAACGCUAUGUGGAAUUGAAGAAAGCGAACCCCGACCUGCCCAUCCUAAUCCGCGAAUGCUCGGACGUGCAGCCCAAGCUCUGGGUCCGCUACGCAUUUGGCCAAGAGAAGAAUGUCUCUUUGAACAACUUCAGUGCUGAUCAGGUAACCAGAACCCUGGAGAAUGUGCUAAGUGGCAAAACCUGAAGCCUACACUGAGGAUUAAGAGCAACAGCCCUAGAAUCUGGGCUCUGCUGGACUCAGUAGAAUGUGGAAAAAUAUACUCCCCCAUUCCUUAUAAAGCUUGUGCUGUAAAAUGC